AUGUUGUCUUUGAUUGAUUUAGACAUUCUAUCUUCUAUGAUCAGAGAUAUCCAAGGCAGUGGUCUAGAAGGACCAAUACCUGUAACCGUCUCCCUCUUGAAAAAUUUGACACAACUCAUCAGUGAUUUGAAUGGAAAUAGUUCGAAGUACUUUCCAGACCUAAGAAACAUGACAGGCGUGGAGCAACUAGACCUCAGUUUCAACAAUUUGGAGGGAGAUAUACCAGAUUUGAAAGAACUAGAUAUGGAGAAAAUGUACUUGACUAGCAACUCCCUCAACGGAAAUGCAUGCGAGAUUGAUCUUUCCUACAAUAAAUUCAAAGAAGAAAGUGUGCCCCUAUAUUGUCGUGAAAAUUUGUACUUAUUCAGAAGUUACGCUGCUGCAAGCAACUCAGAGCUUGGGAAGUGCCUUAGCUGGUUUCCUGUCGAAAGGGAUUCAGGUGGAGCAGCUAAGUUUGUUCCCACAAGAGACUUUUGGGGGACAAGUAGCACCGGAAAUGCGUUGGGCAAUAAUCAUAGAUUAUCUAACUAUGUAGCCACCAAUGUAUCAGCACCGACUAUUGAUGAUAGUAAAUUGUACACUACAGCUCGCCUCUUUCCACUAUCCAUCACUUACUAUGUUCGAUGUUUACCAAAUGGGAACUAUACGGUGACUCUGCAUUUCGCAGAGAUAGUUUUCAGAGAUAAUGUCUUUUCAGAGUCUUGGAAUACGUUCGUUUUAUGUAUAUAUUCUUGCAAUUAAAUUUCUGCAUUUCAAACAACAAG